GGAGACAGUGAUAAAAUCUUCAUCGACGUGAAGGUACCUUCAGGGUUGGCUCGGGUCGGAAGUCUUAAGAUGGGGGCCGCCCUUCCCCCAGGGCAGGGACGGACGGAAUCGGGCGGUGGGAAGGGAGGAAGAGGCGACGAGGUCAGAGGAAACCCAAAGCUUCUGGAACACCAAAGGGCUUCCCGCAGUCGGGAUGAGCCCUGGGGAGGAGCCUUUCGCGAGAACGUGAGCGCGCCCCAACACGCCUCAGUCAUAAACCCACUUGGCAAAGACCCGAGAAGCGGCUGGCUGACCGACUGCAGUGAACUCAAGAAAUUAACCUGCGCUACAAUUAAACGGGCUAGCCUUUCACACUCACCUCGAGAGACCGAGAUAGCUCCCGAACCGGCCGCGGGGGGACCUGGCUCCUCCCUCCCGUCCCAGGAGAAGAGGACAAAAAGGGGAGAUGGACUUGGAGAUGGCCCCGCCCUUCAAACGCUCCAAUCCUUGGAAACUAAACCUCCUCUCCAAGCCUCUACAUCUACCGGGGACAAAGGCAGAGAGGAGAUCCUGAGGCUGAUGGGGAGAUAG